CGAACAUCCAGCUCUCCAAUGAUGACGGUUGUCUACACACCAGAAGGCGGUGGUGCACCUGAAGUCACAAACCCACCAUCACCCUUGAAGCAAGACGACAUCCAAAACCAAAACCAACAGCUCCCCCCAUCAACCUCUGCAACCGCAACCUCAACCGCCCCAUCCUACUCCCCCAUAUACAGCGCCGCCCAACCAGCCAGCAUGUCCUCCCUACCAGCCGCAACGGAAGCCGUAACAGGAUCACAGCCUGAACCUGGGCCGCAGACACAGCCAGAACCAGAGCGUUCAACAUCCGUCUACACGCCGUCCGAGACAACGAACCCAACACCAGCUACGACGACGAACUCUUCGCCUCCGCCGCCGCAGCCGGGAGCUGUUCCUGUUGCUGGUCAGGGACACGGUUAUGGAUAUGAACAAGGACAGGCGCAGGUGCAAGGACAGAUACAAGAACAGGGUGUUCCUCCGCCACCAAAGGCUGGAGAGGUUGUUGCGCAGGGUGGUGUUUCUGAAGGUGCUGCGACUGCGACUGCGGAUCCGAAGAUCAACCCGGGUAUUCAGUCUCCUACGCAGCCGUAUGGCUAUGGAUAUGGUUAUGCCUCCCAGCAACAACAGCAACAGUAUCCGCAGUACCAACAACCCCCCAACUCAACAACAACACCCUACAGCACCGUCUACCCUCGUCAUCCAUCAAUGCCAACAACAACCUCAACCUCGUACCAAUCCCCUUACUCCAACCCCUACACCAACAACAACAUAAUGCAAGACGAGCUAGACACCGGUGAAAAGGGAUUCCUGGAUAUGGCGAAGGGGUGGAUGCAGACUGCGGGGGAGAAGCUGGUGCAGGUUGAGGCGGAGGUGUGGAGGAGGAUUAAUGAGGCUCAUGAUGGGGAUCGAUAGGUUUCUCUGGGUUUAUAAAAUGGAAUGGGUGGGAUACAGAUGAUGAUUACGGAUAAGGAUGGGUAUGUGUACGAUAUGGGUAUGGUAUAUGGGAUUGUAUAUGGAUUGCUGGGUUACUGGAGUUCGCUAUGGGUUCUAUGGAUUCUGUAUAAAUAGUACUAGUGCUAUGGGAUAUGACUGUACUAAUAUUAAUGCUAAUACAAAUUGCUCAACCAAAAAGAAUCCUUUUCUAGAACACCGUUAUACAUAUCCGUUCUAGUAAAACCAGUCCAAUUGGAUAUACCCCUGUAUAUCAAACGGCACAAGUACCACUCUUCUCUAUGC